AUGGCUCUGGGUCCAGGUCAAGUCGCCGACGGUGGUGGGCCCGCUGUCUGGAAUGAGAUAGGUGAUGCGGAUGAUGCUGGCAACGCAUACACUGCUCUGGUUAGCCUACGUCGGCUAAGGGUCGUGAAUCCUAUAAGGAGACGGGAGGGAAGACACAUACAAGCCGCCCAAGAAGAAGACGCCCAGCACAAGGAACUUCUGCGACCUCUGCAUAUGCAGGCGCCACACGAGCGGAAUGGGUAUGACGAGGAGCAUCACGUCGAGGAAAGCAUUGAGCGCAGCGUUUGGGACGGAGAAUCUGAAGCCGGAGACGGCGCCAAUGCAGCCGGGGGUGAGCACGUAGAGGUCCGAUGUGGUUUGUCCUGCGCGCAGGAGGUAGUACCGCAGGAACGGGGAUGGCGGACGGAUGCAGACAAACUCAACGACGAUGCUGGAGAUGUAGUAGCAGACGUUCAGAAUGAGGCAGAGGUAGAGGAUCCAGGUCAUGCCGAAGAUGCGGCGGUAGAGGAAGAUGAUGGAGAGCUUGACGAGGAGGAUGGUGUGGAAGAAGGCGAUGAAGCUGGUGAAGAUGAUCUUGCGUCCAGGUUAGCGAGGAAGCCAGCAGAGUCCCUACACCACCAUCUCCAUGAUGUGGGCGCCUCGUCCCUGUUCCAGAACGUGACGAGUCAAGGCCGAAUCCCCCCAGUCCAACCCCGGCCCAUUGAAGAGCUGCGAGCUGCGCGGACAUCCUCCUCCACGAGUGGCGAGUGGCUUCUCCCGUGGCGGCCUCGAGGCCUCCUUUUAUGGUUUGCCGGCCUGGCGAACAAAGAAGUGGACGGGCUGGGAUCCGUCGGACAGGACGGACUUUCCCACGGCUCAGGGGGUGCUGGCGCCCUCUUUUGGCUCGAAUACGCGACCCGUGCCUAA